UGUUUGUUUUUCGAUUUGGUCCGUUCAGUCAGUGCAAACAAAUCCGUCCAAAACUCCAUUUUUGCCAGUAUUUUCCAUCCACGGCAUGGUGAGCAGCCUUCCAUGUUGUCGUCUCCAUAAGUUGGAGUCAUAAUAGAUGUCGUGAAAGCAGUAGCUUCCUCGAGGGUUAAAGGUUAGACCAACAAUGAUCAAUGCCUUACAAUGGAUGUCGUACGGAUAGAGGAAAAGGAUUUACUCUUCAGUUUCGAAGUGAAGGACUGCUCCUUUAAUACGCCCGGCAGUUAUUACAUUAAACUGUCUAUUCAGUGUCCAGCAGAUGAGGCGCAGGAGUUACUCAAGCAGGUCAAGGUUUGGCCUGGUGAAGACGAAGAUCUGUCAGUUGAGGAUGUUUCUAUGGUAACCAGCACUGUAGACGUAACAGAGACCAACAAAAAUGAGCCACAAACAUUCACGGACAACAAGUUCACUUUUAGUCUUCCUAAAGGUCUCUGCUCGCCCGCUGCCGCUCACGAAAUCACACUCCAAGUGCAAAUCUUUCCGUAUACCGAAGACGACCUUGCAGAAAGCACCAUCUCCAACCUCGGCCAGGCCACUUUUACCAUCUAUCCGCGCACCAGCACCCCACUCAUCAGUCUUCUCAAAGCGAACCAGGGGGGAGAUUUGUACCAGCACAGCGGAACGCUGAACCUGAGGAGAUCGCUGAGCGAAGAUGGUUUGGCUGUCCUUGGCGGAAGGCUGAACUACCAACUGAGUUUGAGGAUAAAACCAGAAAUAGAACCAGAACCAGAGGUUCCACCAGAACCAACUCCUGUUGAGGAACCACCACCAGUGCCAGAACUCUCACCGGAACCGGUGACAGAGACGGAGACAAGACCCAGGACAACAUCCCUCCCUACCCAGAGACCUGUGAUUGACGAGGGUAAGCAUCCUAGGAAAGAGACCAAUCCGAGGAGGGGUUCGGAUCUUCUGAGACGGAAUCACAUCUCCAGACCAGACCAGGAGGAGUUGCUUGUGAUUGUCCAUGCUGCUGCCAAUCUUCCCAGGUUGCCGGAUGGGUCUGCGCCUAGAGCUUAUGUUGCAGGGAUCUGUGAUUCGUCAAUCAAAGAGCCCACGCAAGGAGUCAGCGCUACGCACUGUGCUCAGUCUGCUAGCACCAACCCAACCUGGGAGGAAGCUGUCCAAAUCACUGUACCUAUGAAGGGAGUAGAGGAAAAGUCAGGGAACCAGACCAAAGAUGUUAUGUUGCAAGUAAUCCACGAGACUUCCCGAGCUACGAUACUAGAGUACAAACUUGCCCUGUAUCAGUUUCGACCGUUUCAUCACUAUCAUUUGGACCUCGUCCAGGAUGAAAGCCAUCUUUUUAUCUCGGUUCUACGAAGACUGCCCCUCCUGACGAGAUUGGACGACAAUUUGCUCCAAUCCCAAGAUGCACUUGGUUUCCAUGGUUUAGAGGUCUUGUUGCUAGGCGCGGAGGAAAAAUUGGCCAAUCCCGUGGGGCCUCUCAUAGCGGCUGCCAGACUCAUUCCUGAUCUGUUCACCUAUAGGCAGCAGACAGCAGAGCGCAAUCUCCAAGCAUUGAGCGUGGUGCCGCUAACCGUCGCGUACCCCGACCCACACCCCUCGUCAUUUCUAAUUCCCCAGGGUGGAAUAAAGGAGGGGCAUCCGCAGGUGAGUCUAGUGGGUCAGCCUGAGGACCAGCCUGAAUGGCACCACGCCUUCCUCUUCACCCAACCCAGGGAAUUAGCCUCUCUCUUCACCGACAUUGCUGCAUUGGCUCUCCAGUUCUAUCCAGCAACUGCCGCUUUCAGCGGUGAUGGAUGGUCGUUGCAUUCUCCAUCAGGGUAUUGUGCCCAGCUCUUAGACACUAACGUCUACCGUGCGUUGAGGAGCAGUCGAGGUAGGCUCGGGAUACGAGUCAAGUUGCCCCUUCAGGGUAGCGAUUUGAAAACAAGAGAAAACAAGACGCCACACGUAUCAGUAAUACUACGACUCAUCGCUUCCACGAAACCAGACUCCUUGGCGACGUCCAGUGAUCUCGACAUUCUGCCAAGCUUGCCAACAUUCUACGAGCACGAGCUGAAGACUCCCGAACCGUCGUUUCAGCCUUCGUCAGUGGUUCCGUCGCCAACUCCAACACCCCAGCCAGACCCCCAGCCAGACCCCCAGCCGGACCCCCUACCAAUGGUAGCACACACCCCACUCCCGGUGCCUCUGUACCCACCCAGGCAAAAUGCAAGAAGAUUUGUGACUAUGGAUGAUGACGACCUCCCUACCCACAAUGCAAUGCGGGACCUGCUGCCAUCGUCCAGACACCGCAACCCGCCCACGAGGCAUUCUGAUAACGGCCUGAUCCCGACGCGUCUCCCGCCCAGUCCGGAUCCGUACCGAUACAAAGACCGAAAACCAAAACCCAAUUCAGCACCGACAGAGAAUGACAAGUAUUCACUGAGUCUGAUGGACGCCCAGCAGAAGGAGAUUUCGAGUUACCGCGAGGCUCUGAACAGGAUGGGAGAAGAGAUUGUGCGAUUGCAGGAACAUAUUGGCCGGUUGGAAGGGGACAAUAGCAAGCUACGUCAGCGCAUCAACAUGCACGAAGAUGCUUCAAGGGCAAUGGUGACGAACGAUGACCUGGAUGACGUUACCAAAGCAGAACUUCUGGAGAAGUAUGUGGUCGUACGGCAGAAGUUGGCGAGGCAAGUGGCCGAGACCACCAACUACCGAGACCAGGUCCUGAAACUGCAAAAUGAUAUGAUUAAGCAAAACGACCGUGAGCAGCUGUAUCUCAGUCAGAAAGAUGCGCAAGCAGCGCAUUCAAACGCCUUACAGGACAAACAGACUAAGAUCAAGAAACUGGAGAGAACGUGUCGCGAACAGGAGAAAGCCCUGGAGAAGAUGGAGAAGCUUCUCAUGAGUAAACGACCCAUGAAUGCCAAACAAGAAGACGCCAGGAGAAACGAGGUUGAUCUCAUCGCAGCCGAAAACGCCAGACUGAAGGCGCAAAUAGAACAAAUCCGAGUGGAUUCUGCCAAUAAGACAUCCAGGAACAACGACGCAGAGAAAAUGAUGAUGCAACUUCAGCUGGAGAAAGCCAAAAGCAGAGUACAGUCACUGGAGAGAGAGCUUAUGGAGAAAGCGCGCGAGUGGGGCAAGCAGAAGGAAUCGCUACGCUUACGCAUGGGCGAACAACAUCAAAGUUACAGCCAGAGGGCGCUACCACCGUUACGCGACAGAGGAUACAACCAUUACAGCGAUGACGAAAUGGACCGCGGUUACAGAGGUUUGCACCAGCAUUCGCCCAUCUCACACCCAUACUUCUGAUGGGCAGUCCCCUUGGUAAUGAGCACCCUAAAAGCUGAUAGGUACUUCACAUGACUGGAAGCGAAGACAAUUUUAAAUCAGGAAAUAGUCACUGUGAAAUUUGCUAGACUUGAAAACUUAAAGCGAAAUCUUGAGAUGACGUCACAAACCCGCGUUUGUGUUCGCGCCGAGUAUGACCGGGCCCUUAGUCUGCACCUAGAUACUAGAAAGGUUUUCCCACAUGACAGUCGGUUAGUCAGUCAGUUAGUGCGAAAGCUAGGCUGGCUCUCGGGGACCAGCACGACAUUUGAAAUAUAACUUCAGAAUUAUGGAAAUAAUACAAACAUUUAUAUCAGUGUAAAUGAUCAAACUUGCCUUAAUUUUAGAAUAGCCAGAAAAAAAUAUCUCUUUUGUUCCAUGUUUGACGAACAAUUAUGCAAAAAUAUCUAACUUUUUUUCUUGUUUAACAUUUGAGGUACAAACCUCUAUUCUUUUUUGGUUAAAAUAUUUUCAGCUUCAAACCGUCUCAUCCAUUAAUUUUCGUCUUCAGUAAACAUAGACUGUAUAGUGUACAUACAUAGAGCCAUCAGAUAUUUAAUUUAUUUUGUGAAGUUUAGCGCCUUACACUUUUUUACUUUUUAGAUCAUUCACACUAGUUAAAUGCUUUGAAUGUCAUUUUUUGUGUCAAAAUUUCGUAUUUCAUCAACAUUUUGAUAUAAUUUGACUUUUUUUUAACAAUGCUGCAUUCACUUUUAGUAUAUUAAAUGAAAGCACAUUUUUUUGUCAUGCACUAUAAAAAAAAA